AUGUUCACAUGGCAGAAGGGAAAUAUGACCUCGAGCGAGCUGAGCGGAGAAGGCGCGUGCGCGCUGGGUUCUGAACAGAAGGGUGAAGUGCAACUUAGAGAAGCGCAAAGCGCAGAGGUACGUAAGGAUGGGUUACAAGGCGGGGGAAGACGAUUCGAUGAGGCGUCCAACCUGGACGAUGGAGAUCAAGAUUCUCCAAUGAGGGAUGCCAACUCCAUGGAGGGGGUCAAAAAAAGAUACACCAAAAAAAAAAAAAAGAAAAAAUCUAUUUUUUUUCCAUUCCUAAGUGAGAAGUCAGCUAAGAAGAAGGAUUGGCGGGAUGGAAAUAUCAUAUCGAUUUUUGUGUUUUUCCUAGUGCUGUAUAUCGUAAGGAAGGGAAUUAACGAUCUGCAGGAGAUGAAGGAAGACGCAACCGAUGGGGAAAACUAUAGCGGAAACGAUUUCACGAGUAGUGGGAGAAAAAAGGGGGGGUCAUCCCUGAAGCCAUAUUUCAGCAGAAACGGAGAUAGCGAAAAUUUCCCCUUUGAAGACGACGAAUUUAUUUAUAUCCCCAACAGGAAGAGCGACAACACAAUACGUUUGAAGAAUGUCGCAGGCACGGAAAUUAUAGACAACAAUUUUUUAAGCGUGUACUCUGAGAAUAUGAAAUAUUUGAGACAAACAAGUUUGAAUUAUUCCCUUCACCAAAGAGCGCUGUCCACAGAAUGUUACGUCUAUUUCAGGAGUUUCUUAAAGCAAGCCAUUUCCCCACACAGCUUAACGAAAGCUAUAAAGAUCGACAAGGAGUAUAUUUACCCAUGGGAUGUCAUCACGCAAGAUGAUGUAGAGAAAAUUAUCGAAAAUGCAAAAUUUUAUGGGUUCUUAUUCACGUGGUUUAAAAAUCAUCGAAAGGCACAGAAGGUAGAUAAGGUGACUUUGAAAAGGGAAAUGCCUGUUUUAUCUCCUCGAUUUGUAGAGAGGCCAGAUAUAUAUACGCAUUUCUUUAAAAAGAACAAUGUAAAGGAGCCUAAUUUUUAUGGAAUUCACUACACGUGGUUGGGUCAUGCCACCGGAUUGGUUGUAGUUGAUGGGUUCAAAAUAUUAGUAGAUCCCGUUUUUAAAAUUGAGUUGUUAAGUUUGAAGGGAAUAACCAGAUCGCUCAUUAAUUGGGCAAAUGUAAAAAUUAUGGGAGGCUUAGGAGAAAGGAUAACAAGGUCUCCAUGUAACAUAUCGAAUUUGCCUGACGAUCUACAUGCAGUGUUUGUUUCGCAUAAUCAUAAUGAUCACAUUAUGGAGGAAGACGUUCGAAUACUAUGUAAGCUGAAGAAGUUUCAGCAUGUGUUGUGGUAUGUACCAGAAGGUACAGCUAGCUUUUUUAUGCAAGAAGGUUGUAAAGCGGCCAAAAUUUUUGAAUUAUCAUGGGGUGAUGAGAGAUGGAUUUCUUGUUGGAUUUCGCACAAGCAAUUUAAAUGUAAAGAUGGUAUUUGGAACAGUAAAAAUGCAGAUAAGGAAGUUUUUAAGUAUAAAAUAAUUUAUGCUCCUACGUUGCACUGGUCAGGUAGGAAGGAUAAUCUUAGUGACAUUAAUCACUCUCUUUGGGGAUCUUUAAUAUUAAAGGGUCCAAAGCAUAGAUUUUAUUUCUCUGGAGACACAGCUUACUUGAAAGAAAAUUUCGAAGAAUUUAAAAAAAUCGGACGAUUACAUGGCCCGUUCCACUUAGCCGCAAUUGCUAUAGGAGCAUACGAACCGAAUAAUUCUUUGAAAUAUCAUCAUGUGCAUCCUUGGGAAUCGGUAAAAAUAUGGAGAGACAUAAAGGCAGAAAUGGCCAUUGGAGUUCAUUGGGGUACGUUCCGCUUAUCAGCUGAGGAAUUUAUGCAACCCAGGGAUGAGUUAGAAGCGGCCCUAUUGGGAGUUGGCCUGAACACCUUACGUAAUUCUAUCUUACCUUUCGAGAAGAGAAAAAUGGAAAUACUGAAAAAGUAUGCCAUUAAAAAUGACUAUGAAGAGGAAGAAGAAGUGGAUGACUUGAAGGACCUCAAGGAGUACUUUUAUCCCCCCACAGAUGAAAACGCACAUGAGUAUACAGACAGUUUCCAUUCGCUUUUCUCUAAAAAUAUGAACCUCUUCUAUAGUGACAUUGAUAAAAAUUAUGUUAAGCAUAUGUACCAACAGAAGAGGCUAUAUGGAUCUACGUACAACAGAUAUAAGCGAGCUAUGUUUUUACGCAAUUCGAAGAAACUUCCAAAAAGUUGGAAGAAGCUGCUUCUAAAUUUAUCUAUACGCUUUCAAACCAUUUCUAUUGGGGGUUCUAUGGAGGUAAUUUCUAAGGAAGACAAUACCAUAUCGAUGACCAGGUCGACUGAAUAUAAUGCCAUGCAGUACGAGCACUACACCUUUCCCAAGUGGUACAACGACAAGGAGAAAGAGGAAACCCUAAGCCAGAACUCCCUUUCGUUGGAGGAUUUGAUGGAUUUCCACAUAGUCAAUUAG